UCGUAGCCAUCAAGUGAAAGGAGUUCUCUGCUUUUCGUCCACUGCUCUGUUCUAGUUCAGAAAAAAGAGCAGGGAGACAGAAAAGAAAUCAUAUACAGAGACACCUAUAUUAUCUUAUAUUAUAUAUAUAUAGGCUAUAGAGGGAGAUCUAGAUACUAAAAGCACAAGAAAAUCUGGAGAAAUAUUCAUCAUCAAGUGCCUUGGUUUGUAGUUUUUCUACUCUGUUAGUUAGUUUGGAGUGAAAGUCUAAACUAAGUUUUUUUCCACUUCUCAUUGUUCAUUGUGAUCAUAAAAAGCCAGUACGUGGGUCUAUCUUUUUUAUCAUCAAACUCAUCACAGACCACUCCAGAACUUUCUCAUUCACCUUUAACGUAAUCCACAAGCCAAAAAAAUCCAAACCCAACUGAUAUUUCAAUCGAACAAAGCCGUGUUCUUUCAGCAAACUCAGUACACACACGUAUAUAUACAAGUGUAGUGAGCUUCGUUUCUCAGUGUCUGUGUGGAGCCAUAAACCAGAAAAAUGGAGCAACUUUCAUCGACGACGAUCAUUCCUGAUGCGUUUCAAAGCGCUCGAAACGACCUCACAGGGCAGAUAUCUCUGGUUUGGGAGCAAGCCAAGAUGCCUUUGAUCGUGCCCACGUUGAGACUUUUGGUUUUCGUUUGCUUGGCCAUGUCUGUGAUGCUUUUCAUUGAGAAGGUUUAUAUGGGUGUCGUUAUUUCGUUUGUUAAGCUUUUUAAAAGAAAGCCUGAGAAGCGUUACAAAUGGGAGCCCAUUAGAGAUGAUGUUGAGCUUGGGAACUCUGCUUAUCCCAUGGUUCUUGUUCAAAUCCCAAUGUACAACGAAAGAGAGGUUUAUCAACUUUCUAUUGGAGCUGCAUGUGGUCUUUCGUGGCCUUCUGAUAGGAUCAUAGUUCAAGUUCUUGAUGAUUCAACUGACCAAACCAUUAAGAGUUUGGUGGAGUUAGAAUGCCAAAGAUGGGCAAGCAAAGGAAUAAACAUAAAAUAUGAGAUAAGGGACAAUAGAAAUGGGUACAAAGCAGGAGCUCUGAAAGAAGGAAUGAAACAUAGCUAUGUGAAACAGUGUGACUAUGUAGCCAUAUUUGAUGCUGACUUCCAACCUGAGCCCGACUAUCUCUGGCGCACUGUACCCUUCUUGCUCCACAACCCUGAGGUUGCUCUUGUCCAAGCUCGAUGGAAAUUUGUGAAUUCGGACGAAUGCUUGAUGACAAGGAUGCAAGAGAUGUCACUAGAUUACCAUUUCACAGUGGAGCAAGAAGUGGGGUCUACAGCAUAUGCCUUCUUUGGUUUCAAUGGCACUGCUGGUGUAUGGAGACUCUCAGCACUCAACGAGGCCGGAGGAUGGAAGGACCGGACAACAGUGGAGGACAUGGAUUUGGCUGUCCGGGCUAGUCUCAGAGGCUGGAAGUUUGUCUAUCUUUCUGACCUCAAGGUGAAAAGUGAACUACCAAGUACCUUUAAGGCUUACCGGUAUCAGCAGCACAGAUGGUCUUGUGGCCCUGCUAAUCUUUUCAAGAAGAUGGGCAUGGAGAUAUUAAGAAAUAAGAAAGUUACCCCAAUGAAGAAGUUUCAUGUGCUCUACAGCUUUUUCUUUGUUCGGAAGAUUGUAGCUCAUGUUGUCACAUUCGUCUUUUACUGCAUCGUUUUGCCUGCUACUGUUUUAGCCCCUGAAGUUGUAGUCCCCAAGUGGGGUUCAGUGUACAUUCCUUCUAUCAUUACUCUCCUCAAUGCAGUUGGAACUCCAAGAUCAUUCCACCUUCUGAUAUUCUGGAUCCUCUUUGAGAAUGUCAUGUCCUUGCACCGGACUAAGGCGACUUUCAUUGGUUUGUUAGAGGCUGGGAGAGUAAAUGAAUGGAUUGUCACAGACAAAUUGGGCGAUGCUCUCAAGACCAAAGCAUCUGUAAAAGCCUUUAAGAAACCUCGAUUUAAGAUCGGAGAAAGAAUUCACAUACUUGAGCUGAGUGUUGGAGCCUACCUCUUCUUCGUUGGCUGCUACGAUCUUUCAUUCGGCAACAAUGGCUACUUCAUAUUCCUCUUCCUCCAAGCUUUCGCCUUCUUCAUUGCAGGGAUUGGAUAUGUUGGCACAUUUGUCCCCAGUGCUUAGUGAGAGCUCAUUUUGGUGGGAGAGUAAUCAGCAGCAUUACUAGUCAACAACUCAUUCGCUUCAUGUAUAAAAAAAGAAAAAAAGAAUUGUGAUAGUUCAGCAUACUUUGAGAGAUUUUCCUUCUUAUUUGUAUUUGUGUUCAUAUAUUAUUCAAACAAGAGGUGGCCAUUCUUUUCUGUUUCAUGGUUGUUUUAUAUCAUUCAUUAAAUUAUUUCUU